AAAAGGCGUGGCCUCGCUGUAGCCGACAGGGAGUGGUUGGGUAAAACUGCCUUCCGGGGGCGGGACUCGGUUGCCGGGGAGCUUCACUGGGACCCUGCGGAGACUGCGGCGGCUGCGCGCUGGAGCGAGGUGCUUGCUGGGUCCGGGGUGCGCGACGGCGCCGGGGCUGCGGUGAACGUCUCGCAAGCCGUGCUGUUACUAGCCGGGAGGCGCCGUCGCCAUUGCCGCCUCGCUCGGUGAGCGCAUCCCGCUCGCCGAGCAGGGCCGCAGCCGACCGCCGGCGCCAUGGGCCAGUGCGGCAUCACCUCCUCCAAGACCGUACUGGUGUUUCUCAACCUCAUCUUUUGGGGAGCAGCUGGCAUUUUAUGCUAUGUGGGAGCCUAUGUCUUUAUCACUUACGAUGACUAUGACCACUUCUUUGAAGAUGUGUACACUCUCAUCCCUGCCGUAGUGAUCAUAGCUGUAGGGGCCUUGCUCUUCGUUAUUGGGCUGAUUGGCUGCUGUGCCACAAUCCGGGAAAGCCGAUGUGGACUUGCCACGUUUGUCAUCAUCCUACUCUUGGUUUUUGUCACAGAAGUUGUUGUAGUGGUUUUGGGAUAUGUUUACAGAGCAAAGGUGGAAAAUGAGGUUGAUCGCAGCAUUCAGAAAGUGUAUAAGACCUACAAUGGAACCAAUCCUGAUGCUGCUAGCCGGGCUAUUGAUUAUGUACAGAGACAGCUGCACUGUUGUGGAAUUCACAACUAUUCAGACUGGGAAAAUACAGACUGGUUCAAAGAAACCAAAAACCAGAGUGUCCCUCUUAGCUGUUGCAGAGAGACCUCCAGCAACUGUAAUGGCAGUCUGGCCUACCCCUCUGAUCUCUAUUCUGAGGGGUGUGAGGCUCUAGUUGUGAAGAAGCUACAAGAAAUCAUGAUGCAUGUUAUCUGGGCGGCCCUGGCAUUUGCAGCUAUUCAGCUGCUGGGCAUGCUGUGUGCGUGCAUUGUAUUGUGCAGAAGGAGUAGAGAUCCUGCUUAUGAGCUCCUCAUCACCGGUGGAACCUAUGCAUAGUUGAAAACUCAAGCCUGAGCUUUUGAGUCUUGUUCUGAUUUGGAAGGUGAAUUGAGCAGGUCCACUGCUAUUGGCCUCCUGAGUUCACUUAGUUAAAGCACACGUACACAGGUGUUGGACAGAGCAGCUUGGCUCUUCAUGUGUCCACCUUCUUACCUACCUACCUAUGACUUUCCUUUCCUCUGUUCUAGCUGACUCUCCAUGUCUAAGUGUGUAAGUACGGCGGUAAAUGUUCUAAUCUCAGAACCAUUUGCGAGUUGCGUAGCAUGGUAGAAUUAAAGGCGGACGUGGGCCUGCUUCUGUUACCUCCAAGCAGUAACGGGACUGCUGCUGAAGUAUCACCGGGUCCUUUCAGUCUUCACUAUGGAGAACUCUUGGCCAAAGGUUUCUGGGGAAGAGGGAGGCAGUCAGCUGUCUGGUUAAAGUUAAUACCAGAUGGUAGCCCUCAUCAGUGUCCUUUUAAAAAUAUAUACUGUAGUCUGGUAAGAUAGCAACUGUACAAAACGGCUAAAAUAGAUUUUAGAAUCAUACAGUGUGUGUCUUGGUUCAUCUUCAAAAUCAGACUGAUCUUUGAAACUAGUGGUUUAUAAUCAAAGCCGGCUUUAUAGGAGGAGUAUAAUGUAUACACUACUGUUUUAAAACAAUUUGUGUGAGUGUGUGCGUGUGUUUUUGUAUGAUUGAGCCCAUUCAUUGUAAGUCUAAACUCGUUAGAAAUAAUGUACCCACAUAGACUAGCAAAAUAGUAUGUAGAUGUGAUCUCAGUUGUAAAUAGAAAAAUCUAAUUCAAUAAACUCUGUAUCACCCCCUCA